ACGCGCACUUCCCGAAACACUAUCACUUCCGACGCAUUCCUUUCCCAGAGUGAUUCAAGCGUAGCGUCUAUACGCUCCAUUCCAUUCCGAGAGUUCCGCGUCGAAACCAGAGUUUAUGACAUAUCACGCCGUCAUGAUAACCAUUCGGUUUUAACUCACUGCUGGAACAGUUUUACAGCUUUGCAUAAUGCAGCGCCACAGCGGGGAAUCAAUUUCCACCGCGUUCCGUACAUCUCUUCAUGGUAUCAACCAAUCGCUGGAUUUUCGCCCGUUGGAGUUUGCGGAGCCUUUACCUUCAACUUGGACGUGUGCCUUGUGUCAUGUGGCGCCGAGAAGCUCAGUGAUUCUCCAGUGUCAUGUCUUCUGCGUGCCGUGUUACGAGGAGAUCGUGCGGCGAGGUUGUGCAAAGUGCCCGCUGGAUUCUACAACGUUCCGCAAGGAUGGCGUCAUCUGCUUUGAGAUCCCUGUGUCCCAGCUCAUGGAACGAAGCGUCCGCUGUUGGAACAGCUUAAGAGGAUGCUCCUUCAGUGGUCCACUCGGGACGCUUCUGGCACACGUUGAGGAUGAAUGUAAAUACGUGAGCAUUCACUGUAGAAAAUGUGAGAGAGAAGUCCUUCGAUCGAACGCUCUUGACCACGCACUGGAAGGGUGCGACGUUCCGAAGGAACCGGUGUCGCCAAACAGAUCGUGUUCGGAUCAGGAUAUUUGUGUGACUCGCAUCGCUAUGGACAUUCGUCGCGAAGGCAAGCACUUGGAUGAAAACUUGGCAUCUGUUAUUCACAACCAAAACGAUGUGAGGGAGACGGUCUCCGCGUUGAAGCUCACAACAGAAACGCACGCCGCAGAAGUGAAAGACAUGCUGCAGAGGCAAACGGAGAUGACCGGUCAGAUGGAAUUCCAUCUGAGCAGCGAGUUCGCAUUACUUAAGCUGGAACUCGAUCGCAUUCAGCAGAGACUAAGCGGUAUUGAGCAACUGAGAUGCGACCUGAACGAAGUCUUGAGCACGCACCAGUUGAACAGUGUUACUGUGCUGUGGCAGAUCAAGUACUUUAACGAGAACAAACAAGAGGCCACAGAGAGAGGAUCCUUGAUGUUACGCAGUGACAUUUUCGAUGUUGGAGGCUAUCACCUAAGGCUAGUGUCAUGCUGGACCUUUGUAGAUGGUGUCCUAACUUUCCAGAUCUACCUGGCGCUAUGCAGCGGCCCGAACGAUUCAAGACUGUCGUGGCCAUUUACUAAGCCUUUUACAUUAGCACUAGUUCAUCCCAAAGACAAAACAAAGAGUAAGAAAGUAAGGUUUGAUCCUCUGAGACACCAGGGCUCAUCACGAAGCCCCUUCAUGAGGCCCCGUGCGGUUGAAAAUCCUGGCGCUGGGGUGAAGAAUUUUUAUAAAGUCAACGACUUGAAAUCGCAUGGGUUCGUGCAGGAUAACGCGCUUUGUGUUUCAGGUGAGAUUGAAACCUUCGCAUCUGGGGCCCGUGUCGAUGGCGGCUGCGCCGCAACUGGGGAUCUGCAGGUGGGGUGAAGUUUGUCCUGGCCUUUUGAUCCGACUAACUGCACGUGUUCACAGCCAUGUACGCUUGUGAGAAGCGUUUGCGAACCACUACUUGUAUGCUGAAUAAACAUGGCUGCGGUG